AUGCACGACCCGUGGCGCGUAGAGGGCCUCGAUCUGCAGGGACCCAAUUACGCCAUCGUACGGCGCACGCGCGUGGCGAACCGACGGGCGCUGGGGGGAGGGGUAGCGGAGAGCGGCGGGGGGAGAGACGGGCCAGAGAGGGAGGCGGAGGGCGGAGGUAGGGGUGGGGAGGAAGAGAGUAGCGCAGAGAGGCUGCUGAGUGAAGCGGUCGAGACGAAAGCCACGGACUUGAACAAGGGAAGAAAAGAUACCCUGGUUAUUUUGCAAGAAGUUUCGCAGAGAGGUGCGCAGAAUGACGGCCAUGGAGGCUUUCAGGGCGUGCAGCAGCAACAGGAUGAGGUGGGGGAAGGGGAGAAGGGAGAGGAGGAGCGGGAAGAGACUGUAGGAGGCAGCAGCAGAGAGAGGGGUGCUGGUGUGUGGCAGGCAUCAGCGCAGCCGACGGCAGGCGGGACAGCAGGUGAAGCGGGCGGCUCAUCCCUGGCAGCAUCAGCUAGGGGAGGUACUGCAGGAGGAGGUAUGGCAGAGGAUGGCAUAUCGGGCGGUGCAGCAGGCGUGGGGUCGGUGUGUGCGGGGCGAGUGGUGAAGGGCAAGGGGCCGGGGCAGUACCUGUUUCGAGCAGAGGACGGAGAGGGCUUCACCAGCGUUGAUGUGGGCGCGAACGGCAUGUCCGUGGUCUGUAAUGCCCGGGGAUGCCGCCCCGUGCGGGUAGACGAAAGUUUUGUGGACCGGCACGGGCUGCCCCAGAGCCUUUCGCAGCUGCCCAAUGGUGCGGGCAGGAUCGCGGAAGGAGGGGGUGUGGGGGAAAUGGAGGGGGGAGACGGUGGGUUGGACAUGGGCGGAGUGGGGGAGAUAUUGGGGGGAGAUGUUGGGGAAAGUGUAUGGGGAGAAGGGGGGGUGGUGGGGGGAGAGGCUGAGGAUGGGGGGGGUGUGGGACGGGGAGGUGAGGGGGAAAGGGAGAGGAGGCCGGUUGGGAAGGGUGAAAAUGGAUUGGCGGUGGUGGAAAGGGGUAAAGAGGCGAUUAUGGAGGUCGAAAGAAGGGAAGAUGAGCGUGCGGCAAGGUCUGGUUGGGAAUACAGUGGGGUUAAGGAUGGGGGCAAGAUGGCGGAAGGGAGAGAUGGUGGGGAAGCUACGGAAGGGAGUAGCACGAGGGAGGAGAGUGAAGUGAGGAACGAAAGCGACGAGAGGGAGGAGAAGGAGGAGAGGGAGGAGAGGGAGGAGAGGGAAAGAAAGCACAGUGGAGAAUCUGGUUCUAGAGUUCCCCGCGCUGGUGUGCGCCUGAACAGUGAGAGGAGACGAGGAGAGAGCGAGAGGGAAGGGAGAAGGAAAGAGGGAAGGGGAGGGGAAGAAGGAAGGGGAAAGGGGGAGGGAGCAGUGGUGCACGGCGGGAUGAGAGUGGAGGGGAUGACAGUGGAGGGGCCGGCAGUGGGGGGGAGAGCAGCAGCGAGUGUGGAGGAGGAGGACGAGCAGUACUUGCGUGCUGUGCGCAGUGAUCCCACCAACGCUCUGCUGCUCUGCGACUAUGCGCGCUUCCUCUGUGAGAUCAAUGACUAUCAUCGGGCAGACGAAAUGUUCCGGCGGGCAGUUGCAGCCAGCCAAGCAGAAGAACGGGCGCGCGUGAAAGGACGGGCAGCGGGAAUGGAUCAGAGCCCAAGCAGCCCCACAAACAACGGGGGGCUGAAGGGGUUGAAAGGAGCGAAAGGAGUCGCAGGAGUGAAGGGCGUGACAGGGGUGGAGGAGGGGGAGGUGCUGGUGCUGUGGGCUAAGGCGGUGUGGGAGGGGUGGCGCGACGGGGAGCGGGCUCUAGCUCUCUUUGACCAUGCUGUGGAAGUGGCGCCUCAUGACUGGUACGUGCAGGGCAGGGCAGGAGAUGAAACUCAGUUUACUCAAACAUUUGUCUGCUUUUGA